ACGGAUAGACGCAAACAUUCUUCCCCCGAGGCUCCCCCUCUCUUUGCAGGGUGCCAAAUCCUCCCCAAAGCAUGAACCACCACUUUCCUCAGACAAGAGACUUUUUUGGCUCAGCAGGAAAACAACAUGGCAGUCUCCAAACCACAAGUCGGAGGAAGCGGCGGGAUUGUGAUUGACGAUGACUGGCCAGGCUACAGUUUAGAUCUCUUCAGCUACCCGUCUCACUACUCCGGAGAUUUAGACUGUGUCGUUGUUCCACAUGGUGUGAUUAUGGACAGGACAGAACGUCUGGCUCGAAACAUCAUGGAUGACCUUGGGGACCAUGACAUCGUGGUGCUGUGUGUGCUGAAAGGAGGCUACCAGUUCUGUGCCGACCUGGUGGACAGGAUCAAGGCCCUCAGCCGCAACUCCAACCGCACCAUCCCAAUGAGGGUCCACUUCAUCCGGCUCAAGAGCUACCUGAAUGACCAGUCGACAGCAGAUCUUCACAUAGUUGGAGCAGAGGAUUUGUCUUUUUUAGCUGGAAAGAACGUACUGAUUGUGGAGGCCAUUGUGGGCACCGGAAAGACAAUGAAAACUCUCCUGAAGCAUGUUGAAUCCUUCAAUCCCAAAUUGAUCAAAGUAGCAGGAUUGCUGGUGAAGAGGGUGCCACAUAACUCAGCAUGUCUUCCUGACUAUGUUGGCUUUGAGAUACCCGAUCGGUUUGUGGUUGGAUAUGCCUUAGACUACAAUGAGUAUUUUAGAGACCUAAAUCAUAUCUGUGUGAUCAGUGAACGUGGGAAGACAAAAUACAAGAUUUAAAAAGGGGGACACUGUCAUAGAUGUCAUCUAACAGCAAGCAUUAACAUUUUCCCUGGGAUGCCAUUCACUUACAGCUGCUAUCGUGACAUUUGAUCUCAAGCAUCCCCUGAUUUGUUUUAACAUUCCUUCUCUGAAAUGUGUUUUAACAAUAGACACUGACGUUUAUCUGGUAAUUUUAUCAAAGCAAGUACAUGCUGUACUUUGCUUUUAACAUAGCAAUUUCAUUCUUAAUGUUUACAGAAGUUAUUUGUAUUGAUAAUGUUAAUGCAAGGAAACUAACUGUGUCAUAGUUUGUUUGACCUUUUUCAUCUCAACUUCUUGUAUGCAAUGUUAAGACUUGAUAAUCAUGACCUGUAUGACUGUGAUAUAUUUUUAAAGUCAGUGUGUGAUUAGGUCACAAAGGAAAGCUUCAUUUAAAAGGACAGAAAAAUAGUUUUAUUAGGGAUAGAUUUUAACAUGUUAUGAACCUUUACAUUGCAUUUCUGGUAUUUCAUUCGGUACUGUAGUAUGCCACCUUUAAUGCUGGGCAAACACUGAAAGUGCUUACUACCUCUUUGUAUUUUAAGUAAUUGAGGUGUUAUGUAAUAGUUAUAAUUUUCUAAUUUUUGUAUUCCUUUUUAUGAUUUAACAUGCAAGUAAAGUAGUUCAAACAUU